AUGUUUCGUUUAAUUAUUAAAAGAUUUUGUACAGCAAAUAAUUCAAUGGCAAAUUUAGUAAAACUUGCAGAUGUUGAUAUUGAUGAUCAUGGGGUUUUUAAAUAUAUUUUGAUUCAAGCUAAAGAAGGCGAUUCUAGAAAAUUAAUUGUUCGUGGCUACAAAUCGUGUAAAUUCCAUGCAAAUAUUUUUGAUAAAGUUGAAGAAGAGGAAAGUGCUAAUGGAUGUAUUAAAUUUGAAUGUCCUGGGGGUGGACGAAUUUCUCAUGAUCCAGAGAAGAAGCAUAUUAAUGUUUAUGGAUAUUCACAGGGUUUUGGACGUGCAGAUCACACAAAGGCUGUGGAAUUGUUAAAAAAGAAAUAUCCAAAUUAUAAAAUUGAUUGGUCCAAUGAAGGAUAUUGA